AUGGCCAAAAUCACAAGCAACGUACACCCACAUCUCCACAUCAAAAUCCAAACCGACAAAAACCCAUUACCACCCAACCUCAACAACCGAAAUGUUAACCCCAACCGUGGAGUUAACCAAAAUUGUGGCAAUCCCACGAAUGAAGAUCAAUUCCUCAAUCUCGAUGAUUUGAGGAACGCUAUUUUCGGUGAUGAACCGUUUAGUGUUCCUAGUUAUCAAUCGCCGGAACACGUGAGUAUUCAUUGGGAAUACUUGGAGGAUGGCAGGAAUUAUGAUGAGAGGGUUGAAGAUGACAUAUGGGGAGAUGUGAAUGCGGAUACUCUUUAUAAUGCUCGGGGAUUUGGGUAUGAGGAUUUUGGCAACCAAAAUGCCAAUUUUGUGGGGAACAACAAUGGGUAUGGCUAUGAGUAUGGCCGAAAUGACGGGUAUGGCAACAACCGUCAACCACGAAAUAACAACCAAAGGAACCGGGAUGACGGGUAUUAUAACAACAACAAUAAUGUUAACCGUAACCGGAUUCCCCAAUUCGUGGGUGGCGGUAAUCAAGGUGGUGAUAGGGAUGUAAUAGAAGAGGUAGCCAAUGUGACAACUGUCAAUUUUACGUACAUUCCGUACACUAAUUAA